AAAGAAGCAGCGAAAUUUCCCGGGAAUGUCGUGGGGAGCGAAUUCCCUCGACUCCAGGCGGUCCCGAUUGGGGGAAGGGGUGAAAAUUCCAGAGGGAUCCCAGAGAUCCCCGCCCCCCCCCCCCCCCCGGGACACACAGGACCGGGAUAAGGGAAUUUCUCGGGAGAACAGGUUGGAAAGGAAAGGAAAACCGGGAAAGAAGCGGCGAAUUGGCCCGGGGAAUGCGGCGAAGGGGUUAAAGCCGAGCCUGGAGGGUGAGCUCAGGUAGGCCGGGCCUGGGGCUCCCCUUUCCAAAGGCUCCUUUUCCAAGGAGCCGGGCGCGGAGGAGGGGCCGGGCCGCCCAUCCCCGCCGCUAUAAAAAGCCCCGCAAUUCCAGCGGCGGCUCCCGGAGGACGCGCACGUGCGCCGGGAGCGGCGGCGGCGAGCCCGAAAACCGGGAAUUAAACCCCCCCCCCCCAAGCGCCGGGAUAAAAAAACCGGGAUCAAAACCCGCGAUAGAAGCGGGAUAAAAACCCCCGAAAAGCGGGAGAAAAGCGGGAGAAAAGCGGGAGAAAAGCGGGAGAAAAGCGGGAGAAAAGCUCUCCCCAAAAAGCGGGCUAAAACCACCGCGGUCAAAGCCCCAGAGCCCCGCAGCGCAGCCCAGAGAGCCAUGAGCGCCCGGAGCAGCUGAGCAUUCCCGCGGCAUUCCCGUUUUUUUUUUUUUUCCCAAGCAUGUCCUUCGCCAUGCUGCGCCCGGCUCCCAGCCGCUUCCUGUACCCCGACAUCAGCGCGCUGUCGGAGGACGAGGAGAACAGCGAGAGCUCGGGCUCGGAGGAGAAGCCGUUCCACGUGGAUGCCGAAGGCUUCGGGAUGAAGGGAGGCAAGCGGCGCAGCGGUGGCAACAAGAGCCGCGGGAGGCUGGCCCGGGAGCCCCGGCAGCGGCACACGGCGAACGCCCGGGAGCGCGACCGCACCAACUCGGUGAACACGGCGUUCACGGCGCUGCGCACCCUCAUCCCCACCGAGCCGGCCGACAGGAAACUGUCCAAGAUCGAGACGCUGCGCUUGGCUUCCAGCUACAUUUCCCACCUCGGGAAUGUGCUGCUGCUGGGAGAAGGUGGUGGUGGCGGAGGUGGUGGUGGAGGUGCGGGGCAGCCGUGCCACGGGACUGGUGCGGGGUUUUACCCCGGAGCCGCGUCCCCGCCGCCCGGCCGGGAGCCCGAGGGGUCGCAGCCCAGACAGAUCUGCACCUUCUGCCUCAGCAACCAGAGGAAGCUGAGCAAAGACCGGGACAGGAAGACGGGACAGCUCCGGAGCUAGGCCGGGAAUUCCGGCCGGGAAUUCCAGCCGGGAAUUGCAGCCGGGAAUUGCAGCCAGGAAUUGCAGCCGGGAAUUGCAGCCGGGAAUUGCAGCGGGAGAAGCCAAACUCGCGGAUCUGCAGAUCCAGGGAUGUUUUCCUGCCCGAUCCCGCCGGGAAGAGCGGCACGGCCACAAUUCCAGCGGCACUCGGAAUUCCGGGAUACGCAGGGAACGGCACCGGAGAGCCCCGGGGAUGGGGGAGCCGCUCGGGAAUCCCCGGGAAUCCUUGGGAAUCCUUGGGAAUCCCCGCCCCUCGUGGAACACUCGGAUCUCCCGGAUCUGCUUGGGAAUCCUUGGGAAUCCUCACCCCUCGUGGAACACUCGGAUCUCCCGGAUCCACUCCGGGAAUCCUUGGGAAUCCCUGGGAAUUCCCUGCCCCUCGUGGAACACUCGGAUCUCCUGGAUCCGCUUGGGAAUCCCUGGGAAUCGUGGAGCCAGGAUUCCUGCUCGUGGAACACUGGGAUCUCCUGGAUCCAUUUCCCACUUGGGAAUCCUGCCCCGGGAUCUGUGGCUACUCAUGGAACACUCGGCUCGCCCGGAUCCGCUUCCUGCUUGAUCCCGGGGCUGAUCCCGGGGCUGAUCCCAGAACUGAUCCCGGGGCUGAACCCGGAGCUGAUCCCAGAACUGAUCCCAGAGCUGAUCCCAGAACUGAUCCCGGGGCUGAACCCGGAACUGAUCCUGGAACUGAUCCCGGAGCUGAUCCUGGGGCUGAUCCCAGAACUGAUCCUGGAGCUGAUCCCAGAACUGAUCCUGAGGCUGAUCCCAGAACUGAUCCCGGGGCUGAUCCCAGGGCUGAUCCCGGAACUGCUCCCAGAACUGAUCCCGGAGCUGCUCCUGGAACUGACCCCAGAACUGAUCCCAGAACUGAUCCCAGGGCUGAUCCCAGAACUGAUCCCAGAGGUGAUCCCAGAACUGAUCCUGAGGCUGAUCCCAGAACUGACCCCAGAACUGAUUCCGGGGCUGAACCCGGAGCUGAUCCUGGAACUGAUCCCGGGGCUGAUCCCAGAACUGAUCCCAGAACUGAUCCCGGAACUGAUCCCGGAGCUGAUCCCGGAACUGAUCCCGGAACUGAUCCCGGCACUGAUCCAAGAACUGAUCCCAGAACUGCUCCAUGAACUGCUCCAUGAACUGAUCCCAGAACUGAUCCCGGAUCUCGGGAUCCGGGGUGGGGGCGGCGUUUUUUGGGAACGAUCAAUCACACGCUGGAAUUCCACCAAUUAAAGCCGGAAGUUGUGUCGUUAA